CCCUCAAGGGCCCCGGCCUUCCGAGCCGCAGCUGCCGCCCCGCCCCCGAGAGACAUGACUUCCAAGCCGCAUUCCGACUGGAUUCCCUACAGUGUCUUAGAUGAUGAGGGCAGCAACCUGCGGCAGCAGAAGCUUGACCGGCAGCGGGCCCUGCUGGAGCAGAAGCAGAAAAAGAAGCGCCAGGAGCCCCUGAUGGUGCAGGCCAAUGCCGACGGGCGGCCCCGGAGCCGGCGGGCCCGGCAGUCGGAGGAGCAGGCCCCCCUGGUGGAGUCCUACCUCAGCGGCAGCACCAGCUACCAAGUUCAAGAGGCCGACUCGCUUGCCAGUGUGCCCCUGGGAGCUGCUCACCCCACAGCACCAGCCUCAGCCAAGAGAACCAAGGCGGCCGCCGCGGCGGGGGGCCAGGGCGGGGCCUCUAGGAAGGAGAAGAAGGGGAAGCACAAAGGCUCCGGCGGGUCAGCAGCAUCGGCUGAAGACAAGUCUGAGGCCCGAGGCCCUGUGCAGAUCCUGACUGUGGGCCAGUCCGACCAGGCCCGGGACGCGGGGGAGACGGCCGCAGGUGGCGGCGCACAGCCCGGCGGGCAGGACAUCCAUGCCACGAUGCAGAGGAAGGGCAUCUCCAGCAGCAUGAGCUUCGAAGAGGAAGAGGAGGAUGAGGACGAGAACAGCUCUAGCUCCUCCCAGCUCAACAGCAACACCCGCCCCAGCUCUGCCACAAGCAGGAAGUCCACCAGGGAGGCAGCCUCGGCCCCCAGCCCCACAGCCCCCGAGCCAUCAGUGGAUGUUGAGGUCCAGGAUCUCGAAGAGUUUGCCCUGAGGCCAGCCCCCCAGGGGAUCACCAUCAAGUGCCGCAUCACACGGGACAAGAAGGGCAUGGACCGGGGCAUGUACCCCACCUACUUCUUGCACCUGGACCGCGAGGAUGGGAAGAAGGUGUUCCUCCUGGCGGGAAGGAAGAGAAAGAAGAGUAAAACUUCCAAUUACCUCAUCUCCGUGGACCCUACUGACCUGUCUAGAGGAGGGGACAGCUACAUCGGAAAACUGCGGUCCAACCUCAUGGGCACCAAGUUCACCGUUUAUGAUAAUGGAGUCAACCCUCAGAAAGCAUCAGCCUCUACUUUGGAAAGUGGAACCUUGCGUCAGGAGCUGGCUGCUGUCUGCUACGAGACAAACGUCCUAGGUUUUAAGGGGCCACGGAAGAUGAGUGUGAUUGUCCCGGGAAUGACCAUGGUUCACGAGAGAGUCUCUAUCCGGCCCCGCAACGAGCAUGAGACGCUGCUAGCGCGCUGGCAGAACAAGAACACUGAGAGUAUCAUCGAGCUGCAAAACAAGACGCCCGUCUGGAACGAUGACACGCAGUCCUAUGUACUCAACUUCCAUGGGCGCGUCACUCAGGCCUCAGUGAAGAACUUCCAGAUCAUCCACGGCAAUGACCCGGACUACAUCGUGAUGCAGUUUGGCCGCGUAGCAGAGGACGUGUUCACCAUGGAUUACAACUACCCGUUGUGCGCGCUGCAGGCCUUUGCCAUUGCCCUGUCCAGCUUCGACAGCAAGCUGGCCUGCGAGUAGCGGCUGCUUCGUGCCCUCUGGGGUUGCCCAGCCUGGAGUGGAGCCGCCUGCCUGCCUGUGGAGCAGCCCCACCGACCCCCUGUACAUAGGCCCCCUGCCAGGUGAACCUUUGGCUCGGUGGGCCCCCAGGCUCAGCCAUCCGGGAAGUGGCUCCUCUGCCUUUGCUGCUGAGGCAGAGGAGUGGGGGGCAUGCGGGGACCAACGCAAAUCCUUCCUGUGCCCCCACUCUCGGGUUAGUAUCCUGCUGCAGUCGUGUUUGCCAAGCGGAGCAGCCUCUUCAGCCGGGGAGGUGGGAAGAGGUGCGGGGGGAGAGGAAGCACAAGGCAGGGCUGCCGCGGCCCAGCGUCCACUCAGCCCGGAGUCAGAUGACCACGAGGCCCCAGCAGUGCGGGGCUCGGUGAGUGUGUGUGUGUGAGAGAGUAUGUGUGAGUGUUGGGGCACGUCAGCUUUACAUAGCACAGGCUUGGGUAGCUGAGCCUGGUCCUUAACUGAAGAAAGUCCUCGAGCAUCAGCUGGCCUCUGCCAGGCCUGGGAGGAAUUGGGGUGGAAACGUGAGGGGGGCAGGACCCUGUCAGGGUUGCAGGGCCCGGCUGUGGCUGUGGGAAUUGGCUGGCGGCCUGGGGUUGGGGCUCAUUUGAUUUCUCUAGGAUUUCUUAGUGUGCGCAGAGGUGGCAGGAGGCCGGCCCCCAAGGCCAAACGUCUUAGCAGGUAGGGCCUGUAGGAUCCAUACAGGCUGAGCAUACCGGUGGCACGUGGGCCAGGGCUGUCCAGCAGCCCUGUCGGCUGACCCAGGGAACCCCAGGAUGCCAGCCCCAGACUGCACACAGGUAGGUGUGCCUGGGGCUCCUGCCUGGCUACAGCUCCCUGCAGUCAGCCUAGGCUGUGGCCACUGAGGGCGUGUGUGUAGUUGUGAGCUGGGACUAGGAAAGGGUGAGGAGAGAGGGAGGCAUGUUAGAACCACAAGGGAUCAGAGGUGGCAGGACCGACCCUUAGAGAUCACCCAGAAGAUGGACUUGCCUGGGGUCACCUGGCUGGUUAAGGGCAGAAUUUGGAUUUCAGUUCCCUUCAUUUCCUUGUUCCCACCAUCCCCCCAAAAAAACUCUCUCUGGCCUUCCUGGGGCGCAGUGUGCAUUCUCACGCACCUGGUUCCAGACUUAGAAAUGUCAAGAGGUGGUGAAAUUGAGACCUUUUCAGUGGGAAACCGGGCAGUUCCCUGCUGAAAGCUGUCUGGAUUUUGCAUGUCCAUCUGACCAGGACUGGCCUGUCUGGCUCCCCCCACCCUGAGGGCAGGCUUUAGCAAGGCUGCUGCCCAGUUUUCUAUCCAGGUGUGACAGGUGGUUGUGAGUGGCCUGACCUCUCCCUCUGCCGCCCUCCCCCUCGGAUGGCACCAUCCACGCUGCAGACUUGGGAACGCUUGCGUAUGUGUCAUUCACCCUGACAGAGGCUGCCGGCCCAGAUGGAGAUCAGAAAUCAGUGGGAAGCAAGCGAGAGUCAUUCCUCACUUCAGAGUAGAUGGAUGUCCUUGGAAAGACUACACAGAAGUUGGGUUUUUUAAAAGUCAUACUUCAAACAUGUUAGCAAGGCCCUGAGUGAGGUGGUGCAGCUGUUUGACUUCAGUGGAACUAGGCUGUUCUCAUUUCCUGGGAAUCUAGGUUUUCACCUGUUGAGUGCUUAAAGCGAGGCCUCCUGUCCUAGCAGGGACCUGGCCACACCUGGGGCUUCCGUCUCUGGUGGUUAACAUCGUCUGGUAUCUAGACCACUCUGACUUGGGACCUUCUUGAGGGCGCUGGAAUUUUCUGUCCUGGAGCAGGUCCACUUCCCAGGGAAAUAUUGUGCUGUCCUCCUUUCCAUAGUCCCAAUUUGGCUCUUCCUGUCUUGACUUUUGAGAAGAGAGACCUACUGACAUUUGGAAUGACAGAAGCUAGAUGACCUCGAACGUCUAGUCAAGCUGUUUCUCUGGGUCAGUGAUUUUAAGGUAGAAAGGUUGAUCCUGGAUCUUUGAGAGAGGGAGGAUCCUGGUGGCAGCGUGGAGAAUUCAUCAGACAUACAAUGGAAAAUGUGUCUCCUGCUCACUCCUCUAGUACACAGAGGAUGGGUUGAUGAGUGUUUCAUUAGGGUCAGGAGUGUGGCCUGAGAGUUCCAGCCUGGCAGUGGCAGAGGAUAGUUCAAUGACAAAACCCUCUGUUAGGUACUGAGUGACAGGCAAGAGUACUGAUCACCUGCUGGAGACCCAGCCUGGCAAGGUCUUUUUUAAGACCCCAUUCUGGGUGAUGCUGGUUUUCCUUAGCCAUGGGCCCAGACUCCUAAAGCUGCUGGGACCCCUGCAGACCACUUGGGCUCAGUCUCUCCCCCACAGUAAGAGUCCUUGCCCUUCGUACCCACUACCGAUGGUCCUUGGUUGGGCAGGGAACUUGGUGAUGGAACAAGCAUGCCCCAAGGGCGUUGGGUAGCUGGGGCCUUAGGCAGCUCCUCCUGGGGCCACACCCCAUCUCUUGCCCCACACAGUUCUGCAGAGCAGUAAGGUUCACAUCCCUAACUCCUCCAGUCCUGGCUUUUCUUUCCUUAUGGCUCUAAGGUGCUCUGUGUCUGUCUCUUUGUGUGUAUUUGGGGCCAAGGGCAAUCGGUGAACAAUCAAUUAAGGUUUCCUAUUAUGAUCAUAUUUCUGUGGAUGAAUAGGAAAGGAAUGAGGAUGUAGCUAUGAUCACCUGUGGAUUUUGUUCAUUCAUUUCAUGCCCUUUGAUCAGAAAGCGUACCUGGGGAAGUACCAACUCCUUCUCCAGAGGUUCUGCUUGGGAAGACACUAUCCAAAAAAGUGUAGUUCUUCAGUUUCCACUCUGCAUUACCUGGAGAAAUUGGUGUGUUGCACGCAUGUUUUGGAUGAAUUUGAACUUAUUGUAGUUGAAUGUGCCUUAAAAAUCAUGACACUAAUUCAGAACGAGCAUGUGAGGUCCAGACCCAUGCUGAGGACAGGUGUUAGAAGCCAGGGAGUGUUACUGUCACAGGCUAGAAGAGAACCUUUGGGGCCCGCCUCCUGCAGUGACAAGAAGGAACAAAACUGUAGAAGCAGAUGUCUUUUUUUUUUGCUCUAGAAAUAGUGGGGCAUUUACCUCAAAAUGAAUUUACCAUAUAUUCAGAGGUAGUUCUGAACUUAACCAGCCACAGUGAUGAUUUCAAACUAAGAUGCCUGUGCUUUCCUUACAGCAAGUGAGGGGGGUGGGUCCACGGCUCUGUUAAUGCAAGCACAAAUUCCGUCUCCAGGGUGGGGUCUCUGGCUUUCCCAGUUCCUGUGGGAACACUGGCCUUCCCUUCUCUACAGUUCUUUACCCCAGCUGAGAUAGCUCUGUGACCUCAGGAUGCCAGGGGGCGCUCAGAGCACAUGUUUCCAGAGAGCUGAAGGAGGCUGCUUGCUUUGGUGCCCAGCACUGAGGGGGGCCUGACUCCUUGGCACUCAGGGCCCAGUGCCGGAUCCCUACACUGCCCUGGGCCCUGGCCUGUAUAACUGGAGCGGCCCCCAGAACAGGCCAAACUAUGGGCUCUUGUUUUUGAGUUUAUUGGUCAUCUGUCCUUCCAUGCCUCUAGUUGCAAUUUUUUUUCAUCUCAGGAUAUGGGGGGAAAAGUCCAACAGAAGUUAUGGGACAGGUUUGGUUUUUUAAUUUUCCAACCAAGUUGAGAAGCAAGUUGGUCUUACAGAAAGCACUACUGCACUUAGUAAUCAAGUGAUUUUGAGCAAACCAUGUGAUUUUUCUAGAUCUGUUUUCUCACAGAAUAAGGUUAGACUGUCAUAGCUUGUGGUAGGAUUCGGGGUGAAUGAAAGUUGAUCCUUGCUCAUCACUUUCUGGCUCAUCACUGUGCCUUUUUUCUUUCCUGAGAAAGAUGUCACACCUUUUUCCUCUUCUGUUCUCUUGUCCCUCCCUGCUUCCCUCUCAAGAUCCAGGCAGAGCUGGAAAUUAGGCUGAGAUCCAGAGUUUCCUAGAGAGUAACAGAGUGACUUAGAAAGGGAAGCCCAACUCUGGCCUCUUUAGUCCUGCAUUUGGUGACAAAGGGGACUUAGAAUGGUGAUACUUCUCUUGCUGAGAGCAUACAUUUAGCCAGUUUGCAUAAUGCCUAGAAUGUGUAUGUCUGUUUGCACAAGAUUGUCUUUUCCUAUUUUGGAGUGGUCAGACAUUUUAUUUUUGUUCAAAAUUAUCGAGUUUUAGACAAACUUGCAAAACUGUGCUUUUAUUAAGUGAUUUUUUGAAUAAACUCUUUGGUAUUCUG